GUCAACACCUGAGGGCAGCGGUCAUCAUUUAGAGAUUUGGAAACGAAAAAACAAAAGGUUCAUGAGGACGGAAACGGCACUUCUGGGGAAGCUCUUGAUGAAGGAAUGAUCUAGCAUGCGUGGGAGUUUCGGGUCAACUGUUUACUCGGGGACGUGUAAGAUGAAUAAUAAGCACGCAGAGACCAUGCCUUCUUGGCUCAGGGCUUCUCCACCGGGAAGAGAGUCUUUGUGGUUUCAAAGAGUAGGAGGAGGUUACCAUUCUUGGUCGCUGAGCGGCGGGUCUCGAUACGGGGGCAACUCAUGUGGCCCUGUUGUGGCCCGCCUAGGUCUGGUGUUUUGCGCUUUCGAGAGCUCGAGACUCGUCCAAGUAUACGCUUAUCAGAGCCUGUCACAAACAAUUCAAACAAAUUCACAAAAAAAAUAUCAUAAUUCCUUGUCAGACUCUCCACCAGUUGACAUGAUUCCAACAUCAACACCCUGUACAGCGGUGAGAGAAGAAGAGAAUCGAAUGCCGGCAUGGCGCCGUUGUACGCCGUUCAAACGCAUCGGUCUGUUCCGAUCAGAUCCCCGGUUUACGGUACUACGGUUUCUGGACGUAUGGCACUAUUCCCCGAGAUAUCUUUUCUACGGCAUCUACGUUGCCAAGACCAUGGAUGUUGGUUCACGCGUGGAGAUGAACAUUGGCAAGGGAGGGACUCUGUGUAAAUAGGUAGCUACAUUCACCGGAUUCCCAGUACUCCAUAGAGCAUAUCUACAGGCAGACAUGCUAGUUGU